CACAAGCGUUUACAAGAAGCUCAAAAUGACUAUCUGAAUUGCAGAAAACAAAAAAAAAGAAGGUAAAAAAAAAACAACAAACCAUAUUAUCCAAGCAUCCUCCUCACUAUUCAAGCUCAUCACCCCGAGCGCAACUUUUGCCGCCGACGGGCGCUUGACACCCUAAAUAGUCGACUCGUUAAUUGCCCGUUUAAAUCAUUAAAGAGCAUGCCGGGCCAUAUUUAUCAACUCCAAGAUGGAUUGUCAACUUGCUGGCGACAAACGAGAAAAGUCCUCCUCUGCCACAGAAACACUUUUGAUAGGCGGGGACAUUCUAUGGGGGUUGUACUCCGCUUUUUUAUUCUUUUUAUUUUGGACCAUCCCGUAAAAGUUCUUAUCAUCAACGAUUAUUAACUUCAACUUGAUGAUCUCUGGGUGAGAUUUUCACCAGAUUUCGAAACUGUUCCAUAUCGGUCCAAGCUCUUAAUAGGCCUUCUCCAUAACAAGCAUAUCUCAGCGCUGAUUAGCAAUAUUAAGACACCAAUCAAUAUCUUUUAAUGAUUGACCAAUUAAAAUUUUAGUGAUUAAAAUAUUAAAGAUUUAAGACACGGCUUUUUUUUAAUAAAAUAUGAUAUUUCCUAUUAGGAAAAGAUUUAAAAUGCUUUGAGGACUUCAUUUUUCUUCAGAAAAAUGGUGUUUCUGCUUCUUAAAAUAUAAAUAUUUAUCUAAAUACUAUUCCCGCCAAAGAAUAGUUUUGAAAAUGAAUAAUUGCAAGGAAGUGAAACCGUGGAGCACAAACUUUUGCAUCGAGAGCUUACUUGGACAAAAAGAACAUUCAAAUUCUUCAGCUAUUAGUGCAUCAGACGAGUCUACGAGUGCCAAUAAUUUACCCCAGUAUGAUUCGGAUACAACAAUUGAUAGUGAAAAUGCAUCAGAUGACAAACGAAAAAGGGCUAGAACUGCAUUUACUUCAUCACAAAUUAAGGCACUGGAAGUAGAAUUCGAAAAGAACAAGUACUUAUCAGUUUCCAAGAGACUUCAACUAGCAAAACAACUGAAAUUAUCGGAAACACAAAUAAAGAUCUGGUUUCAAAACAGAAGAACAAAAUGGAAACGGAAAUAUAGCACAGACUUGGAACUUUUAGCUCAGCACUAUUACCAAUCAAUGGGUCUACACGCAGCAAGGCCUAUGGUCAUUGGAGAUAGACUGUGGCUAUUUAAUUAUCCUAUGGAAACUCAAGGCAUGGUGCCAAAUAUGCUGGGGCCGGGUAUGCCUCCCGUUCUGGAUUCACCUGUACCAGAUAUGCCACCUGUUCCGCCCAAUCUCAUGUCUCCAUUUCAGUGAUAUGGUUUAUAUACCAAAGACGUACGCUUUAUUUUUAAUGUGUGAUUAUGUUUCAAUGCAAAGAUUCUUAAAUACUACUUUGAAUUACAUAUAGAGUUUAUAGAUAAGAAACAAUGUCUAUGUUUUGGAAUGUGCCAAAUUAAGAAAUAUAAACACACGUUAAAGGAGAAAGUGUUAAUUGCUUGUACAAUAAAGAAUUUGAGCUUUUA